AUGAAUGUCUGGACAGGAUCCAUUCCUCUUAGAUCGGAUUUCAAGUUAGAAGGGAUUCGACUGAUCGAUCCGAAUUCUUACUGGCAGUCUGAGCUAUCCAAAGAGUCUCAGCUCAGUCUCCGUAGCUUCGUCAACCCAGCACUCAUCCCAUUGCAUGCACGCGCCGGCCCCAACCUCGAGCUUCACACAUCACACCCAGGGACAUCAAAAUGGCUCCGGAGGAAGAUGGUAGGCUCCCUCUGGCUAAACGACGAAGACCAAGCUUUCCAGCAAUCCUUCCAAUGCCCAGUUGGUCUACUAGUCAGCAUCGAAGGCAUCACUAAAUCAUGCAACCCAAUCCCAACAAGCCUGUUGGUCUACGGCGUACUAUCCAGCGCAGCAUCAUGUACACGCCCACCCACCCCACCACAUUCAUCCCCCUCCGAGAUCCCAAGUCAAAGCAACACACCACAACGAGCUGCGUAUGAACUCAGGAUCUACGCCACGCCACUAUCAACAUCCCGACUCACCCAAGCCCAGGCCUACCCAUCCCCACCACCCUCCAACCCAGACCAACCCGUUACAAACCCACGCUGCGCGGAAUUCCUACCAGACAUAAGCUCUCCCAGCCCAAAACGCAAAAGAGUGGCAACACUCUUUGAAGUAGCUGCACAGCACCACCGCCGCGUUCGCCAGCGCGGCGGUGAAGCCGUCUCACAACUAAUGGCAUCUUCACGACCCCCCUCCUCAUCCCAGAACCUACAAACCCUGCGCAUCAAGCGCGAGCCCGAAGAAGACGGUCCUGCCCUCGCAUCCCUCGACCGGUUCGCCUCGCACCGGUCCCGAUCCGUCUCGAUCGGGGCAGGUCUACAUCGCCCAGGGAGCGUACGCGGGCGCGCAACUCCAGGCAUUAACGCCGAUCCGCAAAAGCGCGCACCAACGCCGAACCCGUUCUUAGAUUCCGGUCCACGCCGUGGAGCACAUAUGCCGCAGAGCCAGGGCCAAGAGCCGUCAUCUCUUUCUUUCUCUGAGGAGAAAUCGAUGUCCGCGCCUGGAUCGCCGGCUAAGGAUCCGGAUAUUGUGGUUGCGGAGAACAAGAAUCUCAUCACGCGCACGAUCUUGACUUGCAUGCGUCUGUAUGGAUUCCACCGAGCGAAUAUGCGCCCCGCGUUAGUGGGGAAGCCUCCAGGUAGUGCUCUUGCGGAACCCGAAGCUGAUGUCUUGGGCACGACGCCAGCGCCGGGGAGCACAGCGGAUGAUGAGGAGUUCAAAGCUAUGUAUCAUGCGACGUACAAAGCUGCUGCUUUUGCGCUCCGCAGGUAUUUGAAGCAAGCUCCAGGAUUGGCACCUUCGGUCUUGGAGAGGGAGAAGGCUAUGACUUGCAUUGAUGAGUUAUUGAGGCUGUUCUGUGAGGAACAUUGA